CAGUAUCUUACGAUCGAUUAUAGCGAAAUCUCCGCAUUGUAUUUCGUUAAUCGUAAACACGUUUUUUAUGUCGGCCUUUUCGUAGAUGCUCGUCGUAUCGUUGUGUUCAAAUGAAAACAAUCGUGUUUGCUCAAACAUAAGAUGGAUAGUGAAAGAUAGCACGGUCAAGAGUGGAUAAAGAAGAAAUCAAGUGAGAGAGAAUAUUCGAGUGGGCCACGUGAUCAUAUGUCUCGUCAGAUUAUUAUUUAUAAUAUUUCGUAUAAAUAUAAAGUCAACGUAAUUCGAUCAAGCAUUUAUGUUUACGCAUUUUUUACGUUUUUAAUCGAUUCAGCGUUAUCUUAAAAAAAGUUUUUCGUACAAACGUGACACGUGUAUGCAAGAUUAGAUCAAUCAAAAAGCAUUCGAGUGCGUAUUUCAUGUCGUAGCUUAACAGCUGUGACCUUGAAAAUAUGUUAACAAAAUUAUAAAAGUUUAGAAUAUAAAGAAAUUUGUUUAGUUCGAGGCCUUGCCUCGGCGCUAUACGAUCCUGAAGGCGAUCGCAGCGCCACCACGCAGUCUCGUUCUCGAUCGAAGGUUGGAAGGGCGCGCGGAGUAGUGGGGGAGCCGGCACGGGAGUCGUAUCCCGCGUGCGAGCGAGCGUACACACGUGUGCCCCCUCCGCUCUCUUCUCGCCACGCACGUACCAACCGUGAACGAACGAAACGGACGAAAAUGUCGUCGCGGAAGAAGUCGAACGUAUCGUCAGAGCUCUCGGUUCAACGCUGGAACUCUUCGAAAAAUCCAAGAAGAUCCUCAUUUUUUCAACUAAGAAGAGAUAAAUUUCAUUUGUACUUACUACUUCACAAAAAUGGAAGACUCACCGAGAUACGAGGAUCCCGGCAUGUAUAAAACACGAUCGCCCUAUAGUCUGCGGAGAUUGGGAGACAUGGUGCCGGCAAGAGUUGUCCUCUAUAUGCUCUCUUUCUCCGGGUUUCUCGUUUCCUUUAUGAUGAGAACUGAUAUUAAUCUUGCGAUGGUGGCCAUGGCAAAACCAGCUAUGACGUCGUCAAACGCCACGGUCACCGAGACGUCUCAUUAUUGUUACAAAUCGGCGAACAUUUCGCACGUGGAGAAUAACAACAGCAAUAGUAACGCUAUUAGACCGGAGGAAGAGGGUGAGUUCGACUGGAGUCCAGCCAUUCAGUCUGCCAUUCUUGGCUCCUUCUAUUGGUGUUACAUAUUAUCACAAAUUGUGGGCGGCGUUUUAACUCAAUAUUUUGGUACGAAGACUGUCUUCGGUGGGUCGCAACUUUUAACUGCAAUUUGCAGUUUACUUAUGCCCAGCGCUGCUGAAAUUCAUUACGGUGCUAUGAUAGCUCUCCGAAGUAUACAAGGAAUCGCUAGUGGAUUAACUUGGCCAGCUAUGUAUGCCAUUGUUGGACAUUGGAUUCCACCGGUAGAAAGAUCUCGUUUCAUGUCUUCCUUUCAAGGGUUCAGCUUUGGGAUUGGAUUGACCUAUCCGUUGUGCGGAUUCAUCAUCGCUCACUUUGGAUGGCAAGUGGUUUUCUACACGACCGGUACCAUCGGAAUAACUUGGUGUCUCUUCUGGUACUUCUUUGCCUUCGACACACCAGCUGCUCAUCCAAGGAUCUCUCAACAGGAACUACGUUACAUACGUGGAAGCAUCGGCAAUCAAGUUUUGGGAACGAACGAGGGAAUGCCUGUACCAUGGAAGUCGAUUCUUAUGUCAUGGCCAGCUUGGGCGAUCGGUAUUACGACCUUUGGAAGAAUAUGGGUCCAUUAUGUUUUUAUUAUUCCUGGUCCGAUGUAUAUAAAAACCGUCCUUGGAUUUAGCAUUCAGGCCAAUGGCGUUUUGUCAGGGUUGCCAUUUAUCUGUAGUUAUCUGAGUUCCGUAGUAUUCUGUUAUGUCGCCGAUAUUUUGGUCAAUCGACAGAUCUUGUCUCUAACGAAUGUUCGGAAAGUUUUCACGGCAUUAUCUCAAGUGAUUCCUGGAAUUCUCGUGCUUCUUAUCGGAUAUCUGGGAUGUAAUAUAAUUCUUGUGGCAAUUGUUUGGUUCGUAGCUGUUACACUAAUAACUGCUGCCUAUGCCGGUGCAAUGGCUAAUAUCGUUGAUAUCGCGCCAAAUUUCGCCGGUCCUGUAUUAGCAUUCGCACAAACUAUUCACAUGACAGCUAGUUUUCUGUCACCUAUAGCAGCUGGUCUGCUCACUCAAGAAAGCCAAGCACUCGACGCUUGGAGAAGAGUAUUCGGAGUGACUGCGUGUGUAGCUUGUAGCACGUAUAUAGUGUAUCAGAUUUUUGGUACUGCUGAAAUUCAGGCAUGGAAUUAUCCUGAUCAAAAGUAUCCACAAUCCGUUCAAGAGGAUUCUCAACCUCUUAACGAGUCACCUAGUAAAAACGGAAAGAUAGUUUCGAAUCGAGAUAAUAUAGAAGAAGCAUAAUGCCUGUGUGUAUAUGUAUAUGUAUAUAUAAUGUAUAUAUAUGUAUAUAUAUAUGUAUGUAUAUAUAUAUACACAUAUACACAUACAUACAUACAUACAUACAUAUAUACAUUAACGAAAGAAAAGAACAAACCUUAGGAUUUGGUUGCCUUAUUUUCUGCACUGUUUUUCUUGUUUGACGUCUCGUUUAAAAAUAAGUAGAUCUCUUCGGCACAUAAUUUUGGUAUGAACUCAUUCAUUACAGACAAUUAUGACCGAUAUGAGAUUCUUAGGGUAUAUCUUGGUAUUCUUAUUUUACAAUACUUUUCACUACCGGAUCAUUUUAUUUAUAGUUUUUAAAUAUGAUAUAAUAGGGAACAAAGUUUGAAUUUAACAAGUUUCUACUAGUAGUUUGUUGACAUUUCUACAUUAGUUUUAAGAUCUUGAAAUAUUAACUUUCUUCUUUCUUUACAUUAUCAGAUAUCAGAAUACCUCUCAAUUCUAAUAUAAUUGAUAUUUAUAUAGACGAAAUCGUUGUUGCGCAGAAAAGCUCUCUUCGAUUGGUUAUUCCAUGUGAAAGUACUUAUUUUCAAUGUCGUCGUCAUAUGUCUGUAAAUAAGAAUUAUAAUUAAUGCUGCAACAAAGGUUACUUACAUAGAAAUCAGGGUAUUGUAUAUUAUAAUGCUAAGAGAAUAUUUUUAUGAGGUAGCUUUAUCUCAGGAAAUCAAAAAAAAAAAAAAAAGAAAAGAAAAAAAAAGAAAGAAAGAAAAACAAGGGAUUUAAAAUAUUAUUUGAAUUCGAUUCUUAGAGGGAAGAGAAAAAAGCACAAAAGACUCAGUGAAAUAAUUAGCGAUUUUUAAUAUCGUUUUUAAUAAUGUUAUCAUCUUGCGUUAUAAUUUACUUUUAUACAUUCUCUGUGAUCGAAUUUUCUUAUUUUAUUUUUUUUUAAUUUUAUUAAAAAUAUUACUUAUAUUACACUUUAUUACAUUGCGUACAAAUGGAUCUCGUAAAGAUAUCACACGUGCUUAGUUAUUUACACUUAAGAAUUUUUUUUUAAGGUAGUAUCAGAUAAUUAUAAUAGAUGGCGAGUAGUAGGAAAAGAGGGACUGGGAGAGAACGGUAAUUAGGAAAAAAGAAAAAAAAGAAACGAUGAGAAAGUAAGAAUAAAUGUUAAUAUCAUUCGUUCUCAUUCAAUCGUAAAGGCAAGUAUAAUAUUUGAUAGUUCUUGGUAAAAAAGAAAGAAUAUAUAUCCUGAAUUUGACAACAUUUUCAGAUACAGAACAUAGGAUUACAUGAACAGAAUAGAUAAUGCAAAAUAGAGUAUAUACAUAAAUGACAGAAACUAUAUUCUGUACUAAUCAGUGCCUUGUAGGUACAUUUCAUUUAUUAACACAGUAAACUCCUCGUCACAUCUUCAAAGAAUCUAAAUGCUAUGUGUACCUCUUUACGAUAUUUGAUUUAAAAAGUGUCUAGUCGGAGUUUGUCACGAUCGAAUCCAUUUGUCCAACUAGUGGGAUAAGAAAAUUUCUUGGAUCUUUAAUGUAACCUCCACGAAUUUUCAAGAAAUUUCAAAGCACUAAUUAAACUUUUCAUUCUAUUAAAAUGAAUAAGAAAGAAAUAAUAAGAUCGUUCUCUCUACAAUUGCUGUGUUUACAUACUUAUAACAUAAGUCGCAAACGAUUCCGUUUUAAUAAGUUAUCACAAUUUGUUUACGUGUUCUUUUAAGAAUAUUGUAAUUUUAACAUUUUUGUAUUUUUUUUUUCUUUCUCAAUUAGAAUUAUAUCGUCGAGUAAUAAUUAUUCGUAUAUUUAUCGGUCAUCGAUACAAUAUAUACCAUACUUUAUUAAGCUUUUAUUUGAUUCUUUGUUACAAAGUUUUUACAAUGAUAUUGUUAUCUUCAUUCUGUUCAUAUCAUCACUGAUAUAAAAAGGAUGAUGUGUCACGUACAGAAUGGUCAUUAAACAUUGCAUGUGGAAGACAUUGAGAAAUAAUUGAAUGACACUAUUACUCUGCAUUUGGAAAAAUUAAAAUUAUAUCCAAUUCUAUAUGUCGCAUAUAUAUAUAUAUAUAUAUAUAUAUAUAUAUAUUUCAAAUUAUUGCCAUUAAUUCUUUAAACUUGUAUAACGUUAAAAAAAUUUUCCUUUAAUUAUUGAUUCAAAAUUUAAAAUAAAAAUAUUCUUGUCGAAAGAAAACAAGUAUAAUAAAUUGAAAUGUAGCGUAGUAAAAGACUUCCAUAUGUAUGGACAAUGUCUGAAAACGUUCAUGUGCCAUGUACAGUCAUGAUCGUAAUUUCAAACUUAAGAGUUAUAUUCUAAAAAAACGUAUUUGUAAAAGCAUUUUCACAUUAUGUGUAUUAGAUAAAUCUGGAUCGUCACGUUUUUUACCGUUUACAACGAUGCUUAUAGUUUGCUGUUGCGACAUACAAGCGAUCGACGAUCAUCGUGAAUAAAGAAAUUCUAUCAAAUGAAAUGUCAAAUUUCUGGAAGACAUUCAACGGGCUAAUUGCCAAAGAAAAUGGCAUGAUCCUAUAUAAAUGAACAAUGUGUGUAAAACUUAAUAAGAAAUAAAUGAAUAUAUAUAUAAUUUUAUUAAAUAUCGCGUAUACAUACAUUAACGCAUACGUACUAUAUAUAAUAUAUAUAUAUUUAUAUAUAAUAUAUAAUAUAUAUAUAUAUAUGUAUAUAUAUUUAUUAUUUUUGGAAUGUUUAAUGACAAUAAGUUUGUAGGCUUUACAUUUUUAUAAUCUCGAUUGCAAGAAUUUAAGGCUUCAAAGAUUGUCGAGACGAAAGGGUUGAAAAAUUCAAAGAUAAACGAUACUAACAACCUCUUGAUAAGAAACUAGUUCCUAUAACAAACAACUUUGUAAAUGAACAUUAAUGCUGAAGAAAAUGUUCUUAUCCGUCUUCUAUAAAUUUUCAAUGGAAAAGUUUAGACAAGAUCGUUUGAAAAGAUGAAAAGAUAAGGAAGAUGGUAACGACCUGACAAGGUGCGAUAAAUGGAAAUCGAUAAGAUGAAAUUUCGUCGUAAGAAAAUUAAUGAAAAUUAAGAUGUCUCGAAUCUUGAAGAUAUCAUUCGAGAAACGUAAAAACAAAAUUUUGUUUUGAUUAAAAAUAGUCGAUCGAAGAUACACGAUAAAUUUUUUCAUUUGAUUCGAACGUAUAUUACAAUUAAACUCUUAACUUUUCGAGUUGAAUCAUCGAUUUACGUCAGAAUCGAAUUUACGUCAGAAAUUGAUUAGCAUCGAUCGAUUGGUAUCGAUCGAUUAGAUAAAUUUCUAUCUAGCUUUAAAAAUAUUAGAAACGAAGCAUGGAAAACAAUAUAUGCGAAGAAACGUGUUCGUGCGAAAUGUGAACUCUUUCGUUUCAAGGUCGAUCGGAAAUCGAUUUCUACGUUUGAACUUCGCACUAUGCUCGCUUUUCUCGAGGAUUUCCUCCCCUCUUCUUCUAAUCUAAAUGCGCUAUUUUCUCUCAUAUUCUCGUUUCGUUUCGUAGAUCUGUUCUUCGGAUAGAGUCAGAGUGAUAACGGGAGGGGAAAAGAGAAAAACAGAGAGAGAGAGAGAGAAGCGGGCGAGGAGAAGGAACGAACGUUUGUAUGUUUAUCGAGAUAUCUGCAGAAGCGGAGCAAGAUAUAAAGGGCAUCUAGAAUGCGACGUAGCCAGUUGUUAUGAUCAAUUUCUCUUGGUUAACAUUGAAUAUAGAAACGAAAAGGAAUAUUUAAAUUUGGAAAGAUGCGGAUCUGGGUUUUGAUAACAACGCUUUUGAUAGUCUCUAUAUUGACUACAGAAGUAUUUGGAAAGAAGGUAAAAUCAGAGGAAGUUGAAUCUUCGAGUAACAUUCAAGAGAAACAUAGAAAGAAAAAAGAAAUUGUAAAUUCCGAAUCGAAAGAAAAAACUUUGGAAAAGGAAGGGAGACAUUUGAAGCAGCAUGAUAAAUCGAAGAAGAGGAAAAAGAUUUCUAUUUCCGAACCGAAUUCUUUGGAUGGAUUGAAGGAGUCAAAAAAGUCGCACCAGACGACAAAGUCAAAGAACAAACAUAACAAAAAUGGAGAAGUCAAAGUUGAUCAUGACAAGAAAGUACGACACGCGAAGGAAAAAUACAAGAAUAAAGGUUUAAACUCGAAGAAUAAACAACAUAAUAGGAGACGUCCGAGAGAAUUAGAAGAGGAUAACAAGAUGGAGAAGGAGAAGGAGAAGGAAAAGAAGAUGGAGGCUGAAACAGAGACGGAAACGGACGUAAAGACAGAGAACAUUGUUAAAGAGCAUGAUUCGAAAAAAUCAAAAAAUCAAGAUAAAAAAAAGAAGGUAUCGAAAACGGUCGAAAUUAACAACGAGGAAUCUGAAAAUUCUAAUAUUGAAAAAAAUAAAAUUCGUAGUAAAUCGACGUCCACGAUUAAUGCGGAAAACGUCGAUCUCACAGAAGAGAGUACGCCGAAUAAGAAGUCUAAGUUAGAUAAAAAGACAAAAAAGAAGAGCCAGUGUCAACAUUCGAAAAACAAAAAGGUAGACGAAUCGAACGCCAAAGAGUUUAUUAAUGUAGAUGAUAUAGAAGAAGAUAAAGAUAAGGUAUUCAAACAGAAAAUGCGUUAUGUAGACAAUAAGGUCAAUGGAGAAACACGAAAUGAACGUUAUGAAUAUAAUUAUGAGGAAGAAGAGAAAGAAUCGACGUUGGUGUCAGGAAACAAAGUCGAGUGCGAAGAAAACCAGAAUUUUGAAGAAGAGCAUGGUUGUUGUUUUAACAAAGAGAACGUCGAUGAAGAAGUUAAUGUUUGAAGUUCCCUAGUAAGAUCUUUGUUAUGAUAAACAGAGAGAAAGACUUCUUGAAGAUGUCAUUGUUUAUCCUUGUACGAGAGAAACAGAUUUAAAUGUACUCGAAAUUUAAGAGGAAAAUGAGUAUUUAAACAUGUUAUUUAUUUUAAUCUAUUUACAUUAUAUUAUCAAGUUUAAGAUACAUCUA